AUGCCUCUCCCUGCAGCGUGCACUCCGAAAGUCUGCGAUUCCAUUCUCUAUUGCUGCAAUGAAUAUCACAAACAGUUUGGACCAUUCGCCGAACGCACGUACAAGGGUUGGAAAGCUCGCUCUCUCUGGAUCACGUCAUCGAUGAAUACACCAUCCGGAGGAUUUACGAACAACCUCAAUGUCAGCCAUGUCUCCGAUGCCCUCCAAUGGAUUUUCAUCAGCACUUCAGACGAACGAGUGCAGCGAAUGAUCAUGGGCGGCAGGGCAAUGACUCGGGCCGCUUGCACGCUAUUUCAAUUUCAAUCCUUGCUCCGCGAGCCUCUGAAGCUAGAAAUCAUACUACCCCAUCCAGGUGUCAACAAAGGUGUUCAAAGAGAAGUGAUUUUGAACCUUGUGGACUGGCCCCUCAGACAAACGAACGAGAUCUGGGUUUUUUCGUCUAUCCCUCUGAAGCCCCAGUGUUGCGUCUCCCUAUUCGAGAACGACAGGCCGAUUUCUUGGGCGUACUUUGACGUGAAUUCCCACAGCGCGUCUAAAGCAAAUCACCCGAAUCCAGCACUCGCAUCAACCUAUCCUUUCCACUACACGACUUCUGUCGCUCCGCUGAUUCAGGGUUCGUGGAUAAUGGCUUACUCCAACACGAACUUCAGUGUACGACAAGAAUUCACAGGCGCUAAUUUUGACCAAUCGAUCGUUCUACGUUACAUCCUCGCCAAUGAUUGA